GUGUUUGUUUGCUUCUGUUUAAGUUUGUUGUGGUUAAGUUGGAAGCAUGUCUGGCAGGGGAAAAACCGGAGGAAAGGCCCGGGCCAAGGCCAAGUCUCGUUCUUCCAGAGCAGGACUACAGUUUCCAGUCGGUCGUGUUCACAGACUGCUCCGCAAAGGGAACUAUGCCGAGCGCGUAGGUGCAGGAGCGCCCGUCUAUCUGGCCGCAGUGCUGGAGUAUCUGACCGCUGAGAUCCUGGAGCUGGCUGGAAACGCAGCGAGGGACAACAAGAAAACCAGGAUCAUCCCACGCCAUCUGCAGCUCGCCGUCCGCAACGACGAGGAGCUUAAUAAACUUUUGGGUGGCGUUACUAUCGCCCAGGGCGGAGUGUUGCCAAAUAUCCAGGCUGUCCUGUUGCCCAAGAAAACCGAGAAGCCAGCCAAGAGCAAGUAACCAACCCGUCGUUCUUGAUGACCGUGGACAUUAUCGUCAUGGCUCGGUAGGAGCCACCAUUUUGAGUCUGUAUUUCUUGUUCUCGCUUCAUUCUACAUUGUGUUCACGUUUUAUUUUUGCUCUUGGUGUUUUCGGAUGAACGCUUGUGUAUAAUAAGGCAACGCUGUCCUGCCCACACUGAUGAACAAUAACAUUCACCACCACCACCACUGGCUGUAAUGAGCGGCGGACAUGUUCACCCACCAUUACUGAAGCUGGACUGAGAAACAACAGAAGGGUUGAACAGCUUGUAACGUUCUGCUUUUAAUUUUUAUUUAUGGACCAAUGCUGGUUGUUGUUGUUACCACAGCUUUUUAAGCAACAUGUUUUCAUUUCUUGUUUUAUUCCAAUAAAUGUUAAGCGCCUGAGAAAGGCACAAUGA